AUGGAGCCCACAACCGAAGACACCUUCGACCCAGACCCCGUCGUCGCUUACUACGACGUCUUCUUCAACCCCUCCCUCCCCCAGGGCCGCAAGCUCUGGGUCCUCCAGCAACCCAACCGCACCGACCCGCGCACCACCGCCCCGACCGAGAUGCGCCUCAAGGGCCACUCCGGCAUGGUCGAGGUCGACGUGCCCCUCGACUACACCCAGUCCUACGACAAGGAAAAGGGCAUGAAGUGGGGUCGCCAGCUGAAAGCCAGCCUCGAGUCCAAGAACGGCGGCACACACGGCCUGUCUGGCGGCUUCGGCGUCGGCGCGCCGCCGCCCAGGCAGAAGAGGCGCGGCGAUGCCGAUUUGGAGGAUGAUUUGUACCUCGAGUGGCCCGAGGCGGUGCGCCAGGACAAGGUCCUCCGUACGCAGACGCUCGGCGGUCAGUGUCCUGACCAUAAGGAGGUUCAGUACAUGAUUGGCGUCUUCCAAGGAAAGGACCUCCACCUCACCCCCGUGACGAACCUCGUCCACCUCCGCCCCCAACUCCACCACGUCGACGCCGUAGCCCAACAAGAGCGCAACGCCUCCGCCGCAGCAGCCAAGGAAUCCGCCGCGGCAGCAGGCGGCCCCGGAGGAUUAGGAGCAGGCGGUCCCGGUCCCCAAUCGGCCGCCGCGCGCGCGAUCCACAUGACCAUCAAGACGACCCAGGACGGCGCCACCGCAAAGAGCGAAACCAUGGCCGACCGCCUCCGCUCCGUGCAGAUGGAGAACUGGCGCAAGCUAAAGUACACGGACGAGGACAACGAGGCCGCCUGGGAGAUUUACCAGGAGAGUCUCAUCAUGCGCGCGCCCGGAGAGAAGCCGGCGCCCAUGGCCGACGAGGAGGACGAGGACAAGAAGAAGAAGAAGGCCGCUAUUGAUGGGGCCGAGGAGGAGAAGCCCGUGGUGGAUUUGGCUGAAAAGGUUGCGAGGUUGGAGACCAAAUGGGGCGACGACGAGCUUUUAGAGGCUGUCAGUGGUAUCAAGAAGCCAAAGGUCCUGACAAAGGCGGAACUGGAGGCUGAGGCAGCGGCUGCUGCAGCUGCUCAAGAGAAGGCGCGCAAGGUGAAGCCCAAGGCCAGGGGUGCCAUGGGGCCGCGACGUGGAGGCAAAGCAAGAGCUGCGCCUGCGCCUGCGCAAGCAUCCUCAAGCAUGGAUCUCACAUAA